CAAUCAAGAUUCCCUGGAAAGAAAGCAGAGGCUGCAGGAACAGAGCAAAGAAAUUAUUUCCAGGGAAUGGUACCAGAUCGAUCCAGAACAGGUCACGAUGCAUCCGACCAGCAAUGUCACAGAGAUUGUGGAGGGAAACGAUUGGAACAUUUCCACAGAAUGGCGCCUGAUGACGGUUGAUCAGUCCAGGAACAAAGCCUACCCAUCCAUGGCUGAGAGUACCAAGCUACUCAGUGUCCAGAUCACACUAAUUACAGCCUAUGCAUUAAUCAUCCUCCUGGGGCUGGUGGGAAACUCCCUGGUUAUUUACAUGAUUGUAAAAUACAAAACCAUGCGAACUGUCACGAACUUCUUCAUUGCCAACCUGGCCUUGGCUGAUCUCAUGGUGGACACACUCUGCUUGCCAUUCACCCUGGUUUAUACUCUCCUGGAUGAAUGGAAACUUGGAGCUGUCCUCUGCCACCUUGUCCCUUAUGCUCAGGCUUUAAGUGUCCAUGUGUCCACUCUAACCCUGACAGUAAUCGCGCUGGACCGCCAUCGAUGCAUUGUCUUCCAUUUAGACAGCCGCAUUUCCAAGAAGUUCAGCUUCAUAACCAUUUCCAUGACCUGGUUGGUGUCGGCUGUCCUUGCUGGGCCACUGGCCAUCUUCAGGGAGUACAAAAUUGUCGACUUGCAACCUAUUAACCUGCAGAUUGUUGUCUGCUCUGAGAAAUGGCCAAGUGGGAACACUCAAGAUGGAACCAUCUACAGUAUCUCAAUGUUCAUCCUCCAGUAUGUGCUGCCUUUGGGCAUCAUCAGUUACGCUUACAUUAGAAUAUGGAUCAAGUUAAAGAACCACGUUAGCCCACGCGCACGGAGUGACAGCCAUUACAGACGAAGGAAAACAACCAAAAUGCUUGUGAUGGUAGUGGUGGUCUUCGCAGUGUGCUGGCUGCCCUUGCACACCUUCCAGCUGGCUAGCGAUUUGGACGAGCGCCUCUUUCAGUUCACAGAAUACAAGUUGCUCUACACCAUCUUCCACGUGGUGGCCAUGUGCUCCACCUUCGCCAAUCCCCUGCUUUAUGGCUGGAUGAACAAGAACUAUCGCAACGGCUUCAUCCUCUUUUUCCGCUGCAAUCACAGUGUGGACAACCUCAACAAUGUGGAGAAUUCAGUGAAGGCGAGGCUGCACCCUUUCAGGGUAGUAGCUCACAAUGGCAGCCUUUGCAAUUACAGGGUGACAAAUGGUCAUCCACCAACUGAUGUUUAG